UGUGGAAUUAUGAGUCAUUGGGCUUUCAUAUUUCUAACAGUCAUGUUUUUUAUUUGAGGAUAGAAUAUUCACAUUAUCUUUAUUUAUUUUAGUUUUUUUUAACAAUUUAUAUUUUAAAUCAGCAUGAUUCUUAUUAAAAAUACAAUACAUUCUUUAAUGUAAUUGAUUCUGAAAUCGUUGAAGAAUUCUACUGUUUCACAUUACACAAUACAGAAAUUCUCACACUUUUCUACAGAAUUUGCUCAGAAUGGGCUUCUCUACAGAACUUCAAGAUUCUUUUUCACACGAAGCCUUAGUGGGACUUCAAGAUGCUGAAUUGAGACUUCUAGAAAAUAUGCGAAAGUGUGUUUUGCUUCGUGCAAAAUGUGAUAGGGAUUAUGCUUCUGCUUUGACAAUGGUUAGCGUCCAAGCUCAAAAACUGGACCAGUCAAAAGAAUUAGAAGGUAGUUUUAUAGCCAGGGCUUGGUAUGCUAUUUCUGAAGAAAUGGAGACUAUGAGUAGAAUCAUUCGCAAGAAUGCUGACUCUCUGAUUUCUUGUACUGUAGAAGCAAUCAGUAGUUUAAUAUCUGAGAAGCGAGCACUUAAAAAAACUUACAUAGAAGAACAUGAUGCUUUGCAUCGGGAAUUAAAUAGGCUACAGAGUUCUGUGGACUCUAUGAAAACAGAAUAUGAAAAACUUUUAGAUAUGUGGAAAGAUGCAAAAUCAAAAUAUGAAGAGCAUUAUAUAAAAGGUAAAGGAGCAAAGAAAGUUGAAGAAGCCAAAGAACGUUAUCAAAAAAUUGCUAAGAAAUUACAUAAUUUGCACAAUGAUUUGGUUCUGACAUUAUGUGAGGCAUCAGAAUAUGAAAGGCAUUUUCGUACAACACUUUUACCUGGUCUGCUUUUUUAUCAACAAGUGGUAAUGGAAGAUUCUGCUGAAACAUGGAAGGCGAUCCUGCAAGAGUUCUUUGAAAUUAUUGAUCCUCUUUCUGAACAGUUUCAGGCUGUUCAUAUGAGAAUCAAGAAGAGUAUCGAAGUUAUUGACAGCAUAGAUGAGUACAAUGAUUUUAUUCGUAAAAAUCGGUCUGAUCCACUGCUGCCAAUUGACUUCAGAUAUGAUGCAUCGCUUCUGAGAGAUAUUACGGGACCCCUACGACCAAAUGAAUUGAUAGCAGAUGAUUUUACCUCAGAUAUACUGUUAGAAAAGAAGAGAGAAUAUGAAGCAAAACUACGGAAAUGCGAGACAGAACUUUUAAAGAAACAGGAAGAUUUACAGCAAUAUGAAGAUGAGAUAAAGCUUGCUCAGUUCGAUGAACGUGACAAUGCCUCUGCAAAAGUGAAGAAAAGAGCCGUGGAUAUUUUAGUUAAGGAUCUUAGUCAUUUACAAUGUGUUGAACAUAUCUUAAAUGUUCAGCUUCAUCUAGUCAAUUUUUCUUUGUCGUGUCUUAGCAAUGAAAGUCUUCUUCAAAGUACUAGUGAUCAAACUAAUUCAAGGGAUAAUGAUGAUCAAAGAGGUGUUUCAAAAAACUCGGCAAAUGAACAAAGAGAAGAUCUUAAUGUAACAUUGAGUAGAAAAUCAAAGAUAAUCAUGGAAAAGCUGAAACAACCUUUUUUCACACUGAAACAAAAACAUGUUUCACCUUCACCACCUUCCCCUCCAAAUAGGGAUUUCUUGGACAAUGUCAUAGAAAAUGAACGUGCCUCCUUUAGAAGAGCAAAUGAAAUCAAAGAUACAAGUUACCAAAGUGAAGAAUGGUUUCAUGGUGUUCUCCCCCGUGAAGAAGUUGUAAGGCUUCUGGUUAAUGAUGGUGACUUCCUUGUUCGAGAGACCGUACGCAAUGAUACGAAACAGUUGGUCUUAUCAGUCUGUUCACAAGGUUACAAACACUUUAUAGUGCAUAUGACCUCUGAUAGAAAAUACAGAUUCGAAGGUCCUAGCUUUAACACUAUUCAAGAACUAAUAAUGCAUCAGUAUCAGUCGGGUCAACCUGUUACUUUGAAAUCUGGAGCUAUUUUAAGAAGACCAAUACCUCGUGAAAAAUGGGAACUGAACAACGAAGAUGUUGAUUUAAUUGAAAAGAUAGGUUCUGGUAAUUUCGGUGAUGUUUACAGAGCUCAAUUAGCCAAUUAUCCAGAAGAAGUAGCUGUAAAAACCUGCCAUGUUAAUUUACCAGAUAUACAGAAGCGAAAAUUUUUACAAGAAGGACGGAUUUUGAUGGAUUACAAUCAUCCUAAUAUAGUCAAGUUCAUUGGAAUUUGUGUUCAGAAAUUGCCUUAUAUGAUAGUCAUGGAGCUUGUACCUGGGGGUUCUCUUUUGAACUAUUUGCAAAAAUACGGUGAAACCUUGACACAGGAUCAGCUCCUAUCCUUUUGCAUCGAUGCAGCUGCUGGUAUGGAGUAUUUAGAAGGCAAAAAUUGCAUUCACAGAGAUUUGGCUGCAAGGAAUUGUCUUGUUGGUGAAAAUAAUGUUGUGAAGCUAUCUGAUUUUGGAAUGUCUCGUGAGACUAUGGAAUAUGUUGCAACAGAUGGAAUGAAACAGAUACCAAUUAAAUGGACUGCUCCAGAAGCUCUGAAUUAUGGUACCUAUACAUCAUUGUCCGACGUCUGGAGUUUUGGUAUAUUAAUGUGGGAGAUAUAUUCACUUGGUAGCAUUCCGUAUUUUGGUCUUUCAAACAACAAAGCUACAGAGGCAGUUGAAAGGGGUUAUCGUCUACAUGCUCCUGAUAAUACACCACCUGCUGUGUAUGAUUUGAUGAUGAAAUGUUGGGAAUAUGAUCGAAACAAUCGACCACAUUUUUCGGAAGUUCAUUCGACCUUACGUAUUUUGGCUGCUGCAAGUCAAAAGGAAGACAACGUAGAAGUCUAAAUAACUUCCAAUUUUAUUAUGAAUGUACAAGGGACAAUUUCAAAGAAAGUUUAUAUUUUAUAAAUACAAAUUAAUUCGAUCGCAUCAAGGUAGAAUCCAUUUCAAUGUAUGCAGUAGGUGGUUUAGCUGUGAUACUUAUUAUUUUGUCUUA